AUGGGUGAUGCAGGACUGUCGCUAGAGCGGGUGCUCAUUGUUUUCUUCCAGAAAUUUCCAGCGUCGCUGGAGGAGCAUGUCCGACGCAAAUUCUCUGAUGCCGAGGUCACUAUUUAUCAAUCUCAAGAUAAUGUCCCUGUGCCAGCUGAAUUAUACCAGAAUGCGACCGUUCUCGUCACUUUCACGGAUCUUCCUGAUCUCAAAGACGCAAAGAACCUCAAAUUGAUCCACACAGUCUCAGCUGGGCUGGAUCACCUGUUGUCCCACCCGGUCCUGCGGGAUAGUGAUAUCCUUAUUACUACAAGCUCGGGUAUUCACGGUCCUCCGAUUGCCGAAUGGACCGUGAUGAACUGGCUGGUUGCGUCCCGUAAAUACGUUCAGACGUACGAGGCACAGAAGGCGCACCGAUGGGACAAUAAGACUGCGUAUAUGCGAGGUAUGCAUGACCAGGUGGGAAAGAAGGUUGGUAUCCUGGGAUACGGAAGUAUCGGGCGGCAAAUCGCCCGCGUCUCGCAGGCAUUGGGUAUGACCGUCCACGCCCACACGGCCUCCCCACGCCCAACGCCCGAAUCCCGCCAUGACACCCGCUAUAUCGUGCCAGGAACUGGCGAUCCAGAUGGCUCGAUCCCAGCUUCUUGGCACCAUGGUACAGAUCGAGAAUCUAUCCAUGCUUUCUUAGCUCUUGGGCUAGACCAUCUAGUAAUCUCACUGCCCUUGACACCGCAAACAACUGGUCUCCUCGCCGCUGAGGAAUUCGCCAUCUUGUCUGAGAACUGCCACCAUCAUGCGAGCAAGCCUUACGUGACCAAUAUUGCGCGUGGAAAGGUCAUCGAUCAGGAGGCGUUGGUCGAUGCCCUCAAGUCUGGACUUUUGGGUGGAGCUGCCCUCGAUGUCGCUGAUCCCGAACCUCUUCCUGCGGAUGAUCCCCUCUGGGAUGCGCCGAAUGUCCAGAUCAGCCCCCAUGUCAGCGCUCUUGGAGUGGAGUAUCUGCCACGGUCUUUUGAUAUCCUUAGGGAAAACCUAGGGCGCCUUGCUAGAGAUGAGCCGUUGAUCAAUGCUUACAGGCGGAGUAAGGGAUACUAA